AUGGUCUCGGGCCUUCGCCGGGCGCCUCUGCAGGGCCGGCAAUCUCUGGGCACCAGCACGGCGGACGGCCUGCGUGAGUGGUUCGUGUCACGCGAGGUGGUGCUCCUGCAGCUACGAUGGGCCACAUUACCACAAGUUGAGCGGGAUCGAGCCUUGGCUUCGCUGGGCGUCACACUUGGCGAAGACCUCCCUGGCUUGCCCAAGUGCCAGCUGCCGUUCACGCAGGUGCCGCCGCAGUUGCUGGCGGAGCGCCGCGUGGUUCUCAAGCGCGGGGUGGCCCACGUGCCGGCCCACGAGACGUGCGCUCUGGCGUCCUACCUCUUUGAUCGGAGCUUGCGGGACUCGAUGCAGAAGGGCGCCUUCAUGAUGCAGAGCGAGCAGCACCGGCUCCAGCUGGAGAGCGUCCGGCCGCUUCUGGACCGGCUGGGGAGACACGCGGACGCCUGCGUCUCUAGGCGCCCGGCGCGCGCGGCCACGGGGCCCGAUGACGUUGGAUUGUCCCUGACGAAUUUUAAUCAGAUGCUCAGGUCGUUCCCUCCGUGCAUGCUGCACAUGGUCCUCCAUCAGCGCGGGGGGCAGCGCUUGAAGUUCCAGGGUUUGCUGCAGCUGCGGCCCUUCUUGCGCAGGGCAGGACUGGACCUCCCCAGUGCGCUGCGGUGGUGGGAGAUGGAACUACGUCGGGACAUGCACGUCACCAAGGAGGUGUUCGAGAAAGACCACCGGUACCAGAUAGAGCACGCCUAUGGAGCUUGUGGACACGGGGGCGGCGCGCAUCCGUUCGGUUGCGCGCGCAUCCAGGGUUUUCCGGCCCCUCGGGCCGGCCAAGUGCACGGCUGCCCAUUUCAGCGCGGUCACGAGGGCCAAUACGACCUCGCCGCCUUGCUCGGCCAUUGGGGUUUGGAGCCGCAGGGCGUCGACGUAGUAGUCCGCGCGGCGCGAGACGGGCCCCCCUCUCGCGCCUGCGCUGAGUUUUUCCGGGCGACGCAUCCGUGGACUGGCUGGGGUCAACACGGUCCCGUCGGCCACCCGAACACGUACCUUCGCAGGAGCAUGGCCGCUUUGGCAACUCGCUGUGAGCGCGCCGCUUUUGCGGCUCCUGCCGCGGUCGCGCCCUGA